CAGCCUGGGGCAGGUCCGAACAUCAGUUGAAAUUGUCUUCUGCGUAGCAUGAUGAAACUGUUUUUGGCUCUCGCAUUCUGCGUUGUUGCGGCCAGCGCCGUUGAGCACAAGAUUAAUGGUGAGAACGGCUGGUAUGUGCCCCAAGCCGAUGGCACCUUCGAGUGGGUGGACAAGGAUAAGGCCGAAGCCUAUCUGGAAGCCCAUGCUGAGCGUGAGCGCUCCUUGCUGAACCCCGUCACCUUCUACCUGUACACCAAGUCCAACCAGAACUCGGGCCAGGAAAUCAAGGCCAACAAGGCUAGCAUCUCCGCCUCGAACUUCAACCCCAACAACCCUACCCGUUUCACCAUCCACGGUUGGUCCUCCAGCGCCGAUGAAUAUGUCAACUACGGUGUGCGCGACGCCUGGUUCACCCACGGCGACAUGAACAUGAUUACCGUUGACUGGGGCCGUGCCCGUUCCAUUGACUACGCCUCCUCCGUCUUGGCCGUGCCCGGUGUCGGUGAGAAGGUUGCCGACCUGAUCAACUUCUUGCGCACCAACUUCGGUCUGUCCCUGGACAACACCAUGAUCAUUGGUCACAGCCUGGGCGCUCAUGUGUCCGGAUUCGCUGGCAAGAACAUCAAGAACGGUCAGGUGCACACCAUCAUUGGUCUGGACCCUGCCUUGCCCCUGUACAGCUACGACUCACCCAACAAACGCCUCAACUCCAACGAUGCUUACUAUGUGGAGUCCAUUCAGACCGACGGCGGCAUGCUCGGCUUCCUCAAGCCCAUUGGCAAGGGCGCUUUCUACCCCAACGGUGGCAAGUCCCAGCCUGGAUGCGGUGUCGAUUUGACCGGUUCCUGCUCCCACAGCCGCUCCGUAAUCUAUUACGCAGAGUCCGUCGCCCAAGACAACUUCCCUACCAUGAAGUGCGGUGACUACCAGGAGGCCGUCUCCAAGAGCUGCGGCAGCACCUACAGCACCGUCAAAAUGGGAGCCGUCACUAAUGCCUACAUGGUUGCCGGCGAAUACUACGUGCCCGUCCGCAGCGAGUAUCCUUAUGGAUAUGGCAACUAGACUAACUUAU